AUGAAGUUUGUGCAAAUUAUCGCGAUUUUUUGUCCGAUUCUUGUCGCAGUCGAGACCGCGAAUAUUCUUGGGAUAUUUCCAUAUCCAUACUUUAGUCAUCAAAAGAUUCAUCACGCAAUUAUGAAAAUUCUAAUCGAACGUGGACACAACUUGACAAUUUUUACGACACAUCCGCAGGAUUAUGGAGACAGUCCGAAUGUCACGCAGCACAUAUUUGCUGAGACAGUCGAUAUCCAUCUUAAAUAUACAGACAUGCUGAUGUACAAGCAGAAGAAGCUUCAUUGGAGUCAAAUAUUGAUGCAGUAUGAGAUUAAGGCAUUCUAUGAGUCUGGCAAGAAGGAAAUGGAACAUCCAGAGAUGCAGAGGAUGAUCAGGAACAGCGAAGACUAUAACUUUGACUUAAUCAUCACUGAGUGCAUCAUGUGUCCAUUCUUACUGCUUGCUGAAGUCUUUGACUGUCCAAUUGCUAUGGUUGCAUCUUCAGACGCACCAGCAAUGAUCCAUGGGAUGUUUGGAAAUGACGUAAAUCCUCUAAAAUACUCAGAAUCACUAGCACUGCCUUACAUUCAUGGAACAAUGUCAAUUUUUGAGCAAAUCAAUUCCUUAAUUUUCCAAGCAUUUUACGAAUUAAUUUUCAAUUCUGCAUUUUUUUACAACAACGCGGCACUGAACAUCGAACAUUUUGGACAUUUAGGAUGGAAGAUUGUCAAGUCACCAACGGAUCGACUUUCACUUCUGCUGACCAACACAAAUCAAGCUUUUGGACACAUCCGUCCAUUAAUGCCAAACACAAUUCAAAUUGGCUACCUGCAUGUUGAAAAACCAAAGGAAAUUGCAGACCUGGAACUGAAAAAAUUCUUGGAUAAUUCAGAAAAUGGAGUUAUAGUCAUGGCACUUGGAUCCAGAGCUGACACAAGAAGCUUAGGAGUUGAUAAUGUCAAGCAGUUCAUGGCUGCAUUUAAUCAGACGAACAUGAAUGUCAUUUGGAAGCUGCAUGAGAUUGAGGAAGGACUGGAAGUGCCACAUAAUGUUGAAAUUGUGUCGUGGCUGCCACUUGCUGAUGUCCUAGCACAUCCAAAUGUCAAAUUGUUGAUCUUUCAUGGAGGUUUGUUGACAUCUUAUGAAGCUAUUGACCGGGAAGUUCCAAUGAUUGUCUUUCCACUGGCUUACGAUCAAUUCAUGAAUGCACGGCUGAUGGCUAAAAAUGGAAUUGCAUUGGAAAUGGACUUGAAUGAUUUUGAUGGAUUGAGGUUAGGUUCAGCGAUUAAGGAGAUGACAAAGCAAAAAUACACAGAAAAUAUUGUAAAAAUGCGAGCACUAGCUUACAAUCAGCCAAUCAGCAGUAAAGACUUGACAAUUUGGCACAUCGAGAAUGCAGUCAGGAAUCGAUUCAUUUAUGCACAGGAUUUUGGAUGUAUGAGUAUUUGGGAGUCGAGGUCGAUGCAUCUGACGGUCUAUGUUGUGGUGUUUGUUGGAUCUUUGUAUAUUCUUGUCAGGAAAAGGAUCUUAAAAGUUCACGAAAAUUCGGUGUAA